AUGGACGCUCCGCCAGCGCCGUCGGCUUUUGCAAUCCUUAAAUCCCCUAAAACCUUAUGCAGCCAGUUCGAAUCAAGUGUUGUAACAGCAUUUCCUGAGGGUGCCGCAGUUAGAGAUCUGCCUCUCGCCGUAUGGAGAAAUAAGCGAUAUGUCUUAGAGGAAUCCUUGUCUCGGAAAGGCUCUAAAGGCAGGAAGAGCUGGAUUAAACAGCAUGGGCUCUUCGUCGUUGAGCUUGACGACAGCGACACUCCGUUAGCUGGUUACUGGGUUUGUCAUCUUUGCGAUGCAAAGAGUCAGCCAGUAUUCUUCGCAGCAAGCGCGACCACAUCUGCUGCCGAUCACCUUCGCAAAAUGCAUAGGAUCUUUGAAGGUAGUCCUACUACGGAAAGCGACCCAUCGACUGACGACUCUGAUCGAGCUAAAAGACCUCGUUUACACUAUAGUGCUGUGCCGAAAGCCAAGAUCAACGCCGUACGUGAGCUUGGUGUGGGACUCAUUGUCAAUGCAGAUUUACCAUUUUCUGUCUUCACAAACCCGUACUUUGAGCAGCUUCUCUGGCAACUCGAUCCAAAAGUCGCUGAUCAGGUGCCAUGGAGCAGACAAUCGAUGAGUCGCCAACUAUACAACAUCUACGACACCAAGAAGCGUAUUAUCCAACAAGAGCUCUAUGACGCAGUAACGAAAAUCCAUUUAGGAUUCAAUCUUUGGACAUCCCCUAAUCGUUACGCCAUUAUGGCUGUUACAGCCCACUUUCUCGAUCGUGGCGGCAACCAACAGACACGCUUGCUUGGUCUACGCCAUCAGCUAGGAUGCCAUAGUGGCACUAAUUUAGCUACUACUCUCCUGAAAGUUGCCACAGAAUGGGAAAUAGAGAGCCAGGUGGGAGUUAUUAUAUCCGAUAACGCCACGACAAAUGACAAAUGCCUUCAAAGCUUCUACCGAAACAUCAACCCGGAGCUGAAGCCUACAGACGUACGUGCUAGGCGCAUGCGCUGCUAUGGUCAUAUUUUGAACUUGGUUGCGCGUGCGUUUCUUNCCUAA